GGGCCGCUGGCCCGGGACCUGGGGCUCAGCGCCGACGAGCUGCCGGCGCGCAAGCUGCGGCUCAGCGCGGACAAGCAAUACUUCACGGUGAGCGAGGAGAACGGGAACCUGUACGUGAGCGAGAGGCUGGACCGGGAGGAGCUGUGCGGCGAGUCGUUGUCCUGCUCGGUCAGCUUCGAGGUGCUGGUGCACAACCCGCUCAACGUUUUUCCUGUCGAGGUGUCCAUCCAGGACGUGAAUGACAACUCUCCUACCUUCAGGAAGGCUGUUUUGGAACUAGAGAUUGGUGAAUUGAUCCCUCCCGGUGCUCGUUUUCCCCUUGAGAUGGCCCAAGAUGCAGACGUGGGCAGCAAUUCGCUGCUGACUUAUGAGCUCAGCAGCAACCCGUCCUUCUCUCUGGCCAUGAAGGACAGUCAGGACGGAAGCAAGCCUGAAUUAGUGCUGGAGAGAGCGUUGGACAGGGAGAAGCAGAGCUCCUUUGAGUUGGUGCUGACAGCGGCUGAUGGGGGGGACCCCGUGAGGUCCGGGACUGUCCAGAUUCGGGUCAACGUGACGGACGCCAACGACAAUCCGCCCGUCUUCUCGCAGGACCGGUACCGGACGAGCCUUCGCGAGGACACGCUGCCGGGUUCGGAGGUGUUGAAAGUGUCAGCCUCCGAUGCCGACGCCGGCACCAAUGCUCAUAUCACCUACAGAUUGGGGGAAAUGCCGGAUAAGGUGCUUCGGACAUUUGUGGUCGAUGCAGACAGUGGGUCCAUCACGCUGCGGGAAGGUCUGGAUUUCGAGGACAUGCGGACUUUCAUCCUGGACGUGGAGGCAAAGGAUGGUGGCGGUCUGGUGGCGCACUGCAAGGUGGAGGUGGAGGUGCUGGACGUGAAUGACAAUGCGCCCGACAUCGAGAUCCUGUCGCUGUCGAGCCCCGUGCCUGAGGACGCUCCAGCGGGCACCGUGGUGGCUCUGCUGAAAAUUCGGGAUCUGGACUCCGGCGAGAACGGUGAGGUGUCGUGCGAGCUGUCGGGAGAGGCGCCGCUGUCGAUCGUGGCGUCGUCGGGCGGCUCAUACAAGGUGGUGACAGCGAGCGCGCUGGACCGCGAGCAGGCGUCCGAGCACCGCGUGACGGUGGUGGCCCGGGACCGGGGCAGGCCGGCGCUGUGGAGCAGCACGGAGCUGGUGCUGGAGGUGUCGGACGUGAACGACAACGCGCCGGUGUUCGAGGAGGCGUCGUACAGCGCGUACGUGCGGGAGAACAACCCGGUGGGCGCGCUGGUGUUGCGCGUUGUCGCUCGGGACUUGGACUUGGGCGCGAACGGGCGCGUGAGCUACUGGCUGUCGGGCGGCAGCGCGGGCGCGUUGGGCGCGGCGCCGCCGGUGUCGGUGGAGGCGCGGAGCGGCGCGGUGUACGCGCAGCGCUCGUUGGACUACGAGCAGUGCCGCGAGUUCACGGUGGCCGUGCGGGCGCAGGACGGCGGGUCGCCGGCGCGCAGCUCGACGGCCACGGUGCGCGUGUUCGUGCUCGACCAGAACGACAACGCGCCGCGGGUGCUCUACCCGCCCCCGCCGGCGGCGUCGGGAGCGGCGCCGGGCUCGGUGGGUUCGGCUUUCGAGGUGGUGCCGCGUUCGGCGUCGUCCGGGUACCUGGUGGGCAAGGUGGUGGCGGUGGACGCGGACGCGGGGCGCAACGCGUGGCUGUCGUACGAGCUGGUGCAGGCGUCGGAGCCGGCGCUGUUCCGCGUGGGGCUGCAGAGCGGCGAGGUGCGCACGGCGCGGGCCGUGUCGGAGAGGGACGCGGCCAAGCAGCGCCUGGUGGCCGUGGUGAAGGACCACGGGGAGCCGGCGCUGUCGGCCACGGCCACGCUGCACGUGGUGCUGGCCGAGAGCUUGCAGGAGGCGCUGCCGGAGCUGAGCGAGCGGGCGGCGGGCGCCGAGGCGGCGGGCGAGCUGCAGUUCUGGCUGGUGCUGGCGCUGGCGCUGCUGUCGGCGCUGUUGGUGCUGAGCGUGGCGCUGGCCGUGGCCUGCAGGCUGCGGCGGGCCGGGCCGCCCGCCGUGCUGCGCUGCCUGGGCGCGCAGCGCUUGUCGCUGGCCGGCGCCGCCUUCCCGGCCGACUUCUGCGAGGGCACCUUGCCCUACUCCUACAACCUGUGCGUGGCUGCACCGCCCCGCGCCAACCCCGAGGCCGCUUGGCCGCCGCCGCCGCUGCCCAUCGUGCCCGCGGAGGAGCUUGUGGCCGGGGGGCCCUUGCAAGAAGGGCCGAGCCCGAGCAGCAGCGCAGUCCCGGGAGAGCCGCCCCCGGCGACCCGACUCACUGCAGGUCUUGUCGGCUGGACGAAAAGCGAGAUGUCCGUGGAGACUGUGUCCUCCCCGCGAGCUUCCCGUGGGCGAGGCAGGGCGGGCAUCUCUCUCAGCGCUCGGUGCGUGCAGUGCCGGGAGGAGGCUGCGGGCGCCGCUGUUGCCCGAGAGGAGCGAGAGGAAGGUCGGAGCGCUGCAGCCCCGCCCGCUGCGGCCCGGCUCGAUCGCUGGAUCGCUGGAUUCCUGGAUCGGGAAGCG